AUGCAACGUGAAGUCGAUGAAUUGAAGAGGGAAUUGCGUCAUACUCGGCGAAGACAUUCGUUGCCCAGCUCCGAGUUGUCCACUGAGGAGAUAGAUGGUGCUAGUUAUAGACAGAGGUCCAGAACUCCACCCAGCAUGACUUUCUUCUAUGACGAGGAGUGCCACCAUAGACGUAGAUACAAGAGCCCGCCUCGCAAAAGCUUGGGGAACGAUGCCAUGAACAAGGCGCUGAGUCAAGUUUCUAAAUCACCCUUCACACGAAACAUAGAAGGUGCAAGUCUUCCUCGGCGAUUCCAUCAACCCACGUUCACCAUUUAUAAUGGUCGAACAAAUCCGGUAGAACAUGUCAGCCAUUUCAGUCAAAUGAUGGUCGUUCACUCCAAAGAUGAGGCCUUGAUGUGUAAGGUCUUUCCAUCUAGCUUGGGCCUAGUGGCGAUGAGGUGGUUCAACGGUUUAAAAGCGAACUCUAUUGACUCCUUUAAAAAACUCACCCGGGCCUUUGGUGCUCGCUUUAUUACUUGUAGCAGGGUUCCUCGACCUUUGGGAUUCUUAUUAUCUAUGUCCAUGCGGGAGGGUGAGACUCUGAAGACUUACUCAGAUAGAUACUGGGAGAUGUUUAACGAAAUAGAAGGAGAGUAUGAUGAUGUGGCCAUUAGCACUUUUAAGGCUGGUCUUCCAGCCGAGCAUGAUUUGAAGAAAUCUCUAACUGGUAAACUUGUUACCAGUGUACGUCAACUGAUGGAUCUGAUUGACAAGUACAGAAGGGUAAAAGAAGACUAA